AGAUGCCUAGACGCCCGAGGUCGCCUAUGCGACUUUUGUCGGCUCUGCUGCUAUUCUCAGCCGGCUCAAGGUCUCAGACGCGGCCGAGGUUUUUCCUCAGCUGCGCUCACAACCGACCUGUCGUGUCGGUCCCGACCGUAUUCCUAUUAAAUUGAGACGCACGUGCAUCACGGAGCUCGCGAGCUAGUUGCUUCAUGUGCUCGAGGGAACCGAGGCCUCGUCCACUCAACAUAUCCAUCCCUUGUCGACGACAGAAAGACUCGCUGUGGCGCAAGGAACAGCGAUGCCGGACAGGCAACUGAUGUCGGGCUUCACUGCCCAGAACCGGUUGCAUCCAAUACAGGUAUUCCAUCAGGCGUUCACGCCAUGUCUCUCCAAGGCCGCAGGUACAGGCCGCCACAAUGCAUGGCCGAGAAAUGGAAGCCUUGAGGCACAGACAAGUCACAGAGAGAAGCAAUGCCUUCCACGGCUGGGGAGACAAACCCAGUCAUCUGAGAAACUGCCGCCGGUUGGCAGAGCAGCCCUACCAAUAAUACUCUGCAGCCGCCGAGUAUUUUGCAUGAAACCAGGAGCGACGGAUCCACGCUCUGGUAGCACAAAUACGAGUGUUGCACCACCGUCGUGGUUCCCGGGCUGCGCGGAGGGAGCACAAGGGAACCGGGUGGGACUAGAUCCAGAGGCCCCAGUGAUGGCUGAAUGCUGCUUGACAAUGCAGCCAGCCGUUGCCUCCUCCAAUCACCACAUGUUCCAGUUGGCUUCACAAUGUUCCGGUUCCAAGACGAGACAGAGAGUCUGCUGGCCCAGUUCUAGGCGGUCUAACACUUUUUGCGCGUGGGACGGCAUGAGACGAUCUCAGCAGGCAUGUCCCUCAGGUAUCUGCUUCUACGCUCAUGGGCACGCAGCCAGUCGGCGUGCAAGUUGUGGCUGACAGACUCGAUUCCUUUUUCUCGGGACCAUGCGGCUGAGG